CUCUCCCUCCCGUUAUCCAAUCCUGUCUGAACACUCUCGACCCUAACCAAUCUAUCUCUCUAUCUCUGCCCCGCCGCACCUUCAAGGAGCACUCCUACUGCGUCUACUCCGCCUCCGGUGACUGUACCGCACGCGUCUCGGAUGUGCAUGAGCCUAGGUCCGCCAUCAUCAUCCCGGUGCACGAGUUCGAGAUCCUCUCUUGUGAUUCGAACAAGUACGACGACUGCGUCAUCGCCAUCGCCAUCGCCUUCGUUGACAAAUCGAUCAAGGUUUGGGACGUCAAAUCCAUUGGAGCUCCGAUUUCGGUGCUCAACGCCACAGCUACCCCGUCAAAAAAGUCAAAUUCUCACCUUACCGGCAAAGCUUGAUGAUGUCGUGCUCGUACAACUUGUCGGCGUACUUGUCAUUGCUUCAAUACAAGUACUAGGUACUGGCGACGGUUUUGAUAGCUACAGCUCCGGCCUUAGAUCCAUGACUGAUCACUUAGGGUUCCGGUCCUCCCAUUCGCUCUUAAAAUGCCUUCAAUUUUGUGAUUUGCUAAGCAAGAGGAUGAAGAGGUGCUGGUGCUGCAUAUGGAUUUGGUCGAAGUCCUCAGCCGAUGGAAGCUUUACAGUUACCUCCAGACCAAAGGCAAAAGCCACCUGCCCUUCCAAUCCACCUGCACCUGAUUUUCCCUUGAUUGAUUGAUUGGGAUUUCGCCCUGUAAUAUUGUUUCAGUUUUGUUACUUUGUGAUAUAGUAUAUGUGCAAUGGAAAAUCAAGAUUAUACUAUUUCAAGUCACCGCAAAAUCACUGAC